CAUGACCCGAAGGCCCUGCGAAGCCAUGGAAACAAGUAAGCAAUUGACUGGAAGUGAAAAGCUUUAUAAAUGUUGCCACAUUGGCCUAUGGACAAACAACCUUCUAUACUGUAAGAACCUCUGAGCUGGUAAGAUGAACCUCUUAAGUUUCUACAAAAUGAUAUUGGUAUACAGUCUUCUUAUCGCCUUUUUGGCACUUUCUGGAGUGAACUGUGGCAUAUGUGGGAAGAAUUCUGUUGCUGAGUUGAAAAGAAACAUUCAGAACCUGAUGACAUGCUUGGAUAAGAACACUGGCAUUAGCUAUCCAUCAGAUUCUGGGUACCCUACUGGUGCACAAGACUCUGGAUACAGGAGCUGCAAAGAAAUCAAGAACUCAAAUAUAUAUGCGAAAGAUGGAAUAUACACGCUGAUCACUGAAGAUGGACUGAAGUAUCAGACCUACUGUGACAUGAUAACCAAUGGUGGAGGGUGGACCUUGGUGGCCAGUGUCCAUGAAAACAACAUGAACGGUAAAUGUACAGUGGGAGAUCGCUGGUCCAGCCAGGAAGGAAACAACAUCAACAACCCAAAAGGAGAUGACAACUGGGCCAACUACGCUACAUUCGGCCUUCCUGAUGGAGCUACUAGUGAUGAUUAUAAGAACCCCGGAUAUUAUAAUAUCUUUGCUAAAGACUUGGGGUUAUGGCACGUUCCGAACAAGACACCCUUGUCUAAAUGGAGAGAUACCUCUCUCUUAAGGUAUCACACAGACAACGGCUUCUUUUCUAAUGAAGGUGGUAACCUCUUCCAUCUCUAUAAGAAAUACCCAGUGGUGUACAAUGCUGGAGCCUGCCUCACAAAUAAUGGACCCGCUAUUCCUGUUGUGUAUGACUUUGGAAGUGCUGAGAAGACUAAAUCAUAUUAUUCACCAAAUGGACAAAAAGAGUUCACUGCCGGCUAUGUCCAGUUCCGGGCUAUUAACACAGAAAGAGCUUCCCUGGCUCUAUGUCCAGGUAUGAAGGUGACAGGAUGCAAUGUAGAACAUCACUGUAUUGGAGGAGGUGGUUACAUCCCAGAAGGAAACCCAAAACAGUGCGGAGACUUUGCAUCUUAUGACUGGGAUGGUUACGGAACACAUGCAAGUUGGAGUUCCAGCAAGGAAAUAACCGAAGCGGCUGUCCUCCUCUUCUAUCGUUAGUUUAAUGACAUGUCUUCAUUAAAUAUAAUACAUAGAAAUAAAUAUCUCUAAAGUAGUGCAAACAUUUUUU